AUGCCUGCUGCUAUCUCAAUUCGCAAAGUGGACGGCAAGCCCGGCCAAGUUUACUAUCCUCUAGAGAAGAUCAAUGUCCCCGAAAGCACGCCCAAGGACAACCAAGUCGUUGUCAAAAUCACCGCUGCAGCAUUGAACCACCGAGACCACUUCAUUCGUCAGCAUCUCUACCCAGGCACAACUUUCGGUGUUCCGCUACUCGCAGACGGCACUGGCAUCGUAACAUCGACCGGAUCCUCUCCCGAAGCAAAGAAAUGGCUGAACAAGCGUGUCAUCCUCAACCCAGGUAGUGGAUGGAAAGAUGACCCCGAGGGUCCUGAAGAUCCCAAAGGAUAUGCUAUACUUGGAGGAACAAAGCUCAACCCUUUGGGCACCUUGACUGAGAGUCUGGUCAUUGAUGCGUCUGAGCUGGAGGAGGCACCCAAGCAUCUCUCCAAUGCUGAGGCUGCAGCAUUGCCUCUCACGGGUCUGACUGCCUGGAGAGCGGUUGUCACCAAGAGCGGCAAUUGCAAACCUGGCCGCAACGUCCUCAUCACUGGUAUUGGAGGUGGUGUAGCACUCAUGGCCUUGCUGUUCGCAACUGCCGCUGGUGCGAAUGUCUUCGUGACCAGUGGAAGUCAGGAAAAGCUAGACAAGGCCAAGAAGCUAGGUGCUGCAGGAGGUGUUAUAUACAAGGAGGAGGAUUGGGAAAAGAAGCUGUUGGAGCAACUACCCAAGGACAGAAAGUUCCUUGAUACUGUCAUUGAUGGCGCUGCUGGUGACAUUGUUGGAAAGACCUUCAAGAUCUUGAAGCCUGGCGGUGUCAUCGUCUCAUAUGGCAUGACGACGGGCCCCAAGAUGCCCUUCACGAUGGCUGCUGUUCUCAAGAACAUUGAUCUUCGUGGCUCUACAAUGGGUUCAAGAAAGGAAUUUGCUGACAUGGUCAACUUCGUUUCGUCCAAGAACAUUCGACCUGUCGUAUCAAGAACAGUCACCGGGCUUGACGACCUCGAGGGUAUCGAUGGCUUGUUCGGGGACUUCAAGAAUGCCAGUCAAUUCGGUAAGCUCGUGAUUGAGCUUGAGAAGGGAACAGAAGCUAGCAAGCUCUAG